GGACAAACUCCACACAGGCAGCAGAUCAGGAUGAAACCCGGGCCCCUGGCGCUGAUGCAGCAGCUCCUCCACCAAGCGGCGCCGUUCAUCCGCGGCCGGACACAGAGCGAGGGACCGGUCCAGGCUCCCGGCCAAUCAACGCCUCGCCUGCCGCUCCCGAUCUAGAUCCUGGCUCCGGCUCUUGGUCCUGACUCCGGCUGUGGGACCGGCUCUCGGUCCGAGUCCUGGUCUGUCUUGGUCGCGUUCAGCCUUGCAUUGUAGCUGCUCUUCACGUCGUGUUGAGCUGUAAUUUCUGUGUGCAUGUUGCUUACUCUGAGCUGCACUCUGAUGUAUCUGACAAUGAACUAACCUGAAUCUGAAGUGGACAGUGCAUGCUUAUGGGACUGACACACAAAGCUGUGAAUGGAUGAACAAAAGAAGUGAGAUGGAUUUCCACAUCUGGUGGGGAAAAUGAGCCGGUUGCAGGCAGCUUGGUGCUUAUUACCUGCAUUGUAAAUCCAAACAUCAGAGAGCCGGAAUGAGAAACAUUCUGAAGAAGAUGCAUAUUAGGGGGAAGAAGCAGUUUAAGGUUUUCUGCCUCAUUUCCUUUGUGCUUGUGAUAACAUUGGCCAUACUGCAGAGAAGCAGCUACACCAAGCAGACGUCCCGAAACAUCUCGCGGAGGUUCACUUCCCCAGAGGGAAGAUCAGUUGUCAAGUUUCUGAGUUUUCUCACUCCCGCGGGAAACUUCUGGAGACCCCAAAAACCCGAGACAACUGCCCCAGCAACAAUAACAGCAGCAACAAGAGAAACCAAACAUUGGGAUGUGACAGAUGCCAAUUGUACUCCUUCUAACUUCACACGCACUGGGUGGUUGAGGGGCUUGGAACCAAAUUUUGAACAGUUCCUACGAUAUAGACACUGUAGGUAUUUCCCAAUGAUUCUCAAUCAUCCUGAGCAAUGCAGUGGUCAUAUCUACCUUUUGAUCAUUGUUAAAUCCAUCAUAACGCAGUAUGAUCGCAGAGAGGUGAUCAGGAAAACAUGGGGCAGACAAAUGCAGUCAGACGGGAAGCAAAUUAAAACAUUGUUUCUUUUGGGAAUUUCAUCCACGGAACAUGAAAGGUCCCACCAUCAAAAGCUCUUGGAAUAUGAGAAUAUUAUUUACGGUGAUAUUCUCCAGUGGGAUUUCAUGGACACUUUCUUCAAUCUCACCUUAAAAGAGGUCAACUUUCUCAGGUGGUUUUCGACGUACUGUGAGAAUGUUGAGUAUAUUUUUAAAGGAGAUGAUGAUGUGUUUGUGAGCACAGAGAAUAUUCUUGAGUUUCUUAAUGCAUCUAACUUUCAGAAUCUUUUUGUGGGUGAUGUAUUGUACAAGGCCAAACCAAUUAGAAAUAAGGAAAAUAAGUAUUACAUACCGGAAGGCUUGUACAAUGAAAUUUACUAUCCCCCUUACGUAGGGGGCGGUGGGUUCGUGAUGUCCGGAUCAUUGGCACAACAAUUAUAUGUGGUGUCAGAAGGCUUGGAGCUGUAUCCUAUAGAUGAUGUGUUCUUGGGGAUGUGCCUCAAGCUGUUGGGAAUUACUCCUAUUAAUCAUUGUGGCUUUAAGACAUUUGGACUUGUAAAAAACAAAAGCAGUAAAAUGAAUAAAGAGCCUUGUUUUUACCAAAGCAUGUUGGUGGUACAUAAACUGCUUCCAGCAGAGCUUCUGGAAAUGUGGAAAUUAGUUCACAGUAGCAUUAAUUGUUCCAAGAAAAUGCAAAUAUUAUAGACAUGUUACAAUCCAUGAUACAGUUGUGUAAUUUGUAAUGUAAAAGAAGAUUCUGUAUUAAAUACAUAAUAAUCAA